AUGCAUCAGAUGAGCAAAUCAGUGGCUGUCGCGGAACGCUGUGUCGCAUUAUGCGUGAACUUGAUUGGCGCAUUCCGCGAGCUCGAGGACUGCUUGUCGAGUGAUGAGGCUGAAGUUCCAGAAGACGAGGGCUGCCUGCGUUGGGUAAGCGAUGUUCGAAGACAACGUAAGCAUGCAGACAUCGUGGCACAGCAAAUCGGUGAUGGGCGCAACUUGUCAGCGCAGCCUUGGCUCUGCUUGUCCAUAGAUUGGAGGGAUCACGAUAUUGCAGCUUCCGGUGAGAUUCCUUCAUGGAUCGCCUUGCUUUAG